AUGGAUUUGGAACAUGAGGUCCUCCACAGAGUUGCCAUGGAAAUGGCCUCCAUCCCAGGGCCCCAGAGAGCGGCCCAGGAGGGGAGCGGGGCCUGGGAGGGCCUUGGCAGUUCCCCAGCUGUGGAGUGUGGUCAUGAUGAAGAAAUAGGAACAGAACAGAAACGGAGAAAAGGAAAACAACGACAUAUAUUUACUGAGGAAGAAUUGCUCAUACUUAAUAAGAAAUUUUCAGAGAACCCUUACCCUGAUUUUACAACCAGAAGAGAACUGUCCAACCUAGUCCAUUGUUCUAUCGGUGUAAUUGCUACCUGGUUCCAGAAUAAGAGAAUUCGACUACCAGCUAAAGAGAGACGCAGAAUCUUCGUGGUUAAGAAGGGAAAAGCGUUCCCUGUCCAAGGUCACUCACCUUUAAGCCUUCAGGAUACCAAGCCCGAAGCUCCCAAGGAUGGCCCUGAGCAGAGCUUCUCUUAUGCCCAGGAGACUCAGCUGGGUAGAGCUGGCUGCUCCUCUGUGGAGACACAGGGGGUUCCCAGUCAACAGCUUGGCUUAGAUGGCUCUGGGGUUCCAAACAUUCAAAAGGAACCAGGCUAUGCUUUGGAGAAUUCAGGUAACACAGCAAACGGACUUUAUCCUGGCUCUGAGUUUCCCAGCUACAGAUCGGCACCUGGCCUUCAUUCUCCUGCAGCGUCUGUGGAGCAUUUUGACAGGGACAGGACCGAGAGACGGGAAAGUCAGUAUGCAAGCCCCUACCUUCCGUACCAGGUUUACAGUGCGCCUGGAGGGAGGCAGCAGCAGGAGGAGCGGAAGGAUAGUCCUUACUCCCUACUGCAAGGACAGCAGCAGAAUUGGUGGCAGUGUCAUCUCCAGCAGCCUCAACAGCCUCAGCAUUGUCAAGAGAAGCUGUGGUUCCAGCACCCAAGUCAUGGGGAUCUAGGGCAGCAGUUGCCCUCCCUUCAGGCCCAGGAGCAGAGUUGGUAUCCUCAAACCAACAGAGAGUCAUUGUCUUCUCAGCUGCAGCAGGCAGCUCCCCAAACAGUGGCCGGGUCACAGCCACUGCCUCCGGGGCAAGAUACGCAGAAUGGAGCUGCAGAACAACCCAGGGCCCAGCAGCAACAGCUUUGGGAUGAGCGGUCUGCUGGGGCCAUUGGCUGGGACUACGGAAGUACAUCCAGGAGAUGUGCCCUGGAGAGAGCCUGUACUAGAGCAUGUGGUGCAAAGCCAACAAGCACAAAGGCAGCAAGACAAGCCCAAGAGCAGCUGCAAUAUCUAAGGCAAUUUGUGCUUCAGAAGGAUGUUCUUGAACAGCCCUGCGCCAUCCAGGCACUCUCUCUCCGUCAGAGGCAAGACAUCGAACAAGAAGUACAGGAGUAUCAAGGACUCCACCAUAGCACUUUCGGAUGGGAGGGCCACAAGGCUGCUACUCUCUACUCCAUGAUCAGGACAGCAUCUGCAGGAUACGUAACAUGGUCUACAACGGCAGCGGUCAUACCCCCUCCAGCAGCCAGCCCCACUGAAGCCCUGGCUGUGAAGGGCACCCCAACAUCAGCCUGGCCUCCAUCCAUCCAAAAGGCAGCCCUCUCACGGAAGCUAGAGAGUCCUGUGCUGACGCAGGUGUGCAGCUCCCACCAUCAUGUCUUAGCUGACAGCUGCUGCCUCAGAAUCCCGACUCCUGUGACCAAGUCGCCUGUGCAUGUGGGACCAGGGAAACCAAGAUUUGAGGGUACCCGGCGGAGCACCUGA